CCGUACAGUAGCUCCUCCUUUCCGGAUCCGAAUCCGCCGUCUCUUGUCCUUGACCUGUCCCUUGAGACUCUUCUCGUCGCAACAUGAUGAAGAGUCGGGUCAGCGCCUGUGCCAUUCUUCCGCCAUGAUUCUAAGCAAUUUCCAGGCCCAACGGCCCCUGAGGGUUAUCAGCAUCCUAGCCGUGCUUGGCUGUCUCUGGCUCUGGCUCAUUACUUUCCACAACUCCAGCUUCACCAGCGGUGCUAUAAGCUCCGAGGUGCCCCUCCACACUGCUCCCAACUCUGAGCCGCAACAACCAAAAACCAUCAACAAUGACGACCAGAAUGUCGACCACUCCCUUCCCGCCGGUUCCGGCCCCGAUGCUCCCACGGUCAACACGCCUCCGCCAGCUACGAACCAACCCGCCGAGCAUGAGAAACCACCGGUGAAAAAGACCUCUCGUGUGGCCAAGGUCACCGUCGCGGCUAACGCCCUCGACGUUGAUGUCAUCCAUCGCGCAAUGCAGACGCAUGAGCGCCAUAACCGCGAACAUGGCUACAAUCAUUACAUCGCCCAGAACCAGGCGGUCAGCAGCUUGAUUGAGAACGACCGCGCCGGCCGGCCCAAGGGCGCAUGGACCAAACCCGCCUAUCUGCUCUCAAUCAUAGUCGCAGAACUAGAGAAGCCCGAGGAGGAGAGGUUGAAGUGGGUUUUCUGGUUCGACGCCGACACGGUAGUCAUGAACCCUUACACCCCUUUAGAACUCUUCCUCCCACCUGAGAAUGCCAAGGGUCUGUCGAACGUCGACCUCAUCAUCUCAUCCAACUGGGACGGCCUCAACUCGGGUGUCUUUGCCUUCCGCGUGAGCCCGUGGUCUGCCUCCUUCCUUUCGGCCGUACUCGCCUACCCCAUCUACAACUCGGAGCGCAUGAAGACCGACCGGUUCCGCGACCAAAGCGCCUUCCAGUUUCUUCUCACCGACAAGGCCUCUCCUCUAGCGCAGACGCCCAUGGCUGGCCGGGAUCAUUGGGUUGACGUGCCGAUCCGCUGGUUCAACUCGCUGCCCGUGAACAAUGCUUUCUUCAAAAACGGCACCUGGCUCUUCGGCAAGCCCAUGGUGGAGGAGCAGUUUGACAAGGGAACAAACGAGGUCUACAACGACGGUCACGGCGGCAAGGUUCAGAAGUGGAAGGUGAUGCAGGGUGACAUGAUUGUGCACUUUGCGGGAACCUCGUACGUGCGCGACAGCUGGAUGGGGCCCUGGGUCACACGUGCCGAGCAGGAGCUUCCUGAGUGGGCCAACAAGACGACCAAGGACGUCCUGAAGGUUGAAGUCGACAAGUUCUGGAACGAGCAAAACAAGAAGCUGACCAAGGAAAGGGCCGCGUCGGCGAUCGAGGAGGAAAAGAAGAAGAAGGAACAGGAAAAGAAGGACAAAGAAGAGAAGGAGCGCAAGGAGAGGGAGAAAAAAGAGAGAGAGGCUAAGAAAAAGAAGGAGAAGGAGGAGCAGGAGCGGAAGGCCAAGGAGGAGGUACGCGUGGGUGGUCACUAAAGACAAGAUGCCCCAUCAAGCAAAGACGACAUGUCUUGUUUUUCGUAUAGUAGUCCAUGUUGCAUCUAAUCUUGCAUCUCUGGAAUUUUUGCUAUACAGGAAGCGGUCGUUGGAUGUCUACACACAUAUUGGACCCAGGUUUGCGCUUGGGCUGAUCCCAAUUGCCUGGCAACCUCACGGGAUGAUUUGUAACUCGUUUGUUUUUAACGGUACCCAAGUGAGUCUGAUAGAUUCAGGAUAAUGUUUAGUCUUGAUCAGCUU